CCAUAUGAUUCUUCUAUGAUCUUUUCUUUACUCUUCUUAUAUAAGAGAUUGAUUCAUAGGAAGACAAACUCUUUGGGGCCAAGGUUGCAUCCUUUCAAGGAGCUCCAUUCGUCUAAAGUCGAUGAUUCUUGUGUUACUCCUUCGCAUAUCGGAGAUAAGAGUGAUAAGAAUCAUCAUUUUGUACCAUUGCCUUCUACAAUCAAACAUGCUCCAAAGAAAAUUGUUAGUAUCAAGGAAACGGUCGAGGAUAUUGAUUCUAUCAUGAAGGAAAGGAGGAAGAACAAAGGAACAAAAAAGUCGAAAUCUUUUGAUUUUGAUAAUGAAUAUGAUGGUUCCUUGAAGCCUACUCGAUCGAUUCUCAAGGUUGGCUCAUUAAACGAUAAGUCAGAUUUAUUAAACUCUUUGAAUCGUGUUGAGUAGAGCUAAUAAGAAAGUUGUAGUUUGCAAUUUAACAUUGGAUCAUGAAUAAAUAUGUACAUUAAAUAAAUUA